CUCGGCGCGCCGCUUCCAGGGCUGUACACCUACCGGCUGCCAUGGCGGAGGUGGGCCGAGCAGGCAUCAGCGACCCAGGCGCGCUGCUCCCCCGGGGCUUCUGGGCUGCGGUGGAGGUGUGGCUGGAGAGGCCGCAGGUGGCCAACAAACGGCUUUGCGGUGCCCGCCUAGAGGCCCGCUUGAGCGCUGCCCUGCCCUGCGCCGAGGCCCGCGGCCCAGGGACGAGCGCAGGCUCGGAGCAGAAGGAGCGGGGUCCGGUUCCCGGCCAGGGUUCGCCCGGAGGGGACACGGGUCCCAGGCUGCGAUCAGAACCCAAGCAGGGCAUGGCAUGUUGCGAACUUGAGGAGGCCCAGGGCCAGUGCCAGCAAGAGGAGGCACAGAGGGAAGCCGCCUCGGCGGCCCUGAGGGACUCUGGGCACCCCGGUCAUGCUGAAGGAGACGAGGGCGACUUCCCCGCCGCAGAUCUGGAUUCGCUCUGGGACGAUUUCUCCCGAAGUCUCGCCCGUGGCAAUUCGGAGAUGCUGGCCUUCCUCACCUGCUCCGGGGCGGGAUCGCAGCCAGAGGCGCAGCGUGAGCUCGACGUGGUUCUCAGAACCGUCAUCCCGAAAACUAGCCCACAUUGCCCCCUUACAGCUCCCAGGAGGGAAAUAGUCGUGCAAGAUGUCCUCAAUGGAACUGUAACGUUUUUGCCUUUGGAAGAAGAUGAUGAGGGGAAGUUAAAGGUUAAGAUGAGCAAUGUAUAUCAAAUUCAGCUCAGUCACAGCAAAGAAAAAUGGUUCAUAUCUGUUUUAAUUUUCUGUCCAGAAAGAUGGCAUUCAGAUGGAAUUGUGUAUCCCAAACCCACGUGGCUUGGAGAAGAGUUGCUGGCCAAGUUGGCCAAGUGGUCUGUAGAGAACAAGAAGAGUGACUUUAAAAGCACCCUUUCCCUUGUCUCCAUUAUGAAGUAUAGCAAGGCUUACCAGGAACUUAAAGAGAAGUAUAAGGAAAUGGUUAAGGUGUGGCCUGAAGUCACCGAUCCUGAGAAGUUCGUGUAUGAAGAUGUGGCUAUCGCGGCAUACCUGCUGCCGGUGCUCACAGUUCUGCUGGCCAAGGCGGAACUGUAUGUCCACACUCAGCAGUCAUCGUGGAGGCGCCGUCUGGCACAGAUUCUGUGGGAAGAAGAAAGGGCCGAGAGGGGACUAACUGCCAGGCAGUCCUUUGUGGACCUGGGAUGUGGAAAUGGCCUCCUGGUCCACAUCCUGAACAGUGAGGGGCAUCCAGGCAGAGGGAUUGAUGUCCGGAGAAGGAAAAUCUGGGACAUGUAUGGACCACAGACUCGGUUAGAGGAAGAUGCAAUCACACCCAACGAUAAGACCCUUUUCCCUGAUGUUGAUUGGUUAAUCGGUAACCAUUCUGAUGAACUCACACCAUGGAUACCUGUCAUUGCAGCCAGGUCUUCCUACAAUUGCCGCUUCUUUGUCCUCCCCUGCUGCUUCUUUGACUUCAUUGGAAAAUACUCCCGGAGGCAGAGUAAGAAGACUCAGUACCGGGAAUACCUUGACUUCAUUAAAGAAGUGGGCUUCACCUGUGGGUUUCACGUGGCCGAAGACUGCCUCAGGAUUCCUUCAACCAAAAGAGUCUGUCUCAUUGGGAAAUCCAGAACAUACCCUCCCUCCAGAGAAGCUUCCAUGGAUGAAAAGAGGACUCAGUACAUUAAGAGCAGGCGGGGCUGCCCUGUAAGCCCACCUGGACGGGAGCUUUGCCCUUCUCCACUCCGGGUUGCUGCUGGCAGUGCUGGUCACUGUGACGGUCACCAAGCUCUGGGCGCCAGGGUCGGGUGUGUAGCCGGGGCCUGGGCCGCUGAGCGUGGAGCAGGGCCCCAGGCCGAAGGAGCCUGGCUACCUGGAUUUCAUCCCAGAGAAAAGGCUGAGCGCGUGAGGAACUGUGCCGCCCUGCCGCGAGGCUUUAUCGACCAAGUGGUUUUGCAAGUGGCGAAUUUAUUGUUAGGUGGAAAGCAAUUAAACACAGGAAGUUCUCGAAAUGGGAGUUUGAAGACCUGGAAUCGGGGAGAGAGCCUAUCUCUGGCAGAAGUAGCCAGUGAGCUGGACACGGAGACCCUGCGGAGGCUGAAGCGGGAGUGUGGGGGCCUGCAGACGCUGCUCCGGAACAGCCACCAGGUGUUCCGAGUUGUGAAUGGGAGAGUUCACAUUCGCGACUGGAGAGAGGAGACGCUGUGGGAAACAAAGCAACCGGAAGCGAAACAGAGAGUGCUCUCCAAAGCCUGCAAAACCCGCCUCUGCUGGUUCUUCACGCAUCACCCUGACGGCUGUGCUCUGUCCGCGGACUGCUGCCCAUUUGCCCAUGGGCCUGCGGAGCUGCGGCCACCCCGGACCACCCUGAGGAAGAAGAUUCCAUGAGCUGUGUCCUUGCCAGCCAAGUCCUGGUCAGUGGGGGCCAAACCAAGGAGAGCUUCCCCAGCAAUCCUCAGUGCCGUGGUCUCUGCUCUGGCUGUGUUUCAGCCCACCUCCUCCCAGCUUUCUCUAGAUCCUCACGCCGACGAACCAUGUUUCAUAAACAUCACCCGUCAGAGAAGCCACAGUUACUCAGAAGCCCCCAGCUGGGUACCUGGCUUGUUUCAGAUGCAGCCACUUGAAACGUGCACAGCAUCUUCGUAUCACAAAGAUCGUGCAUGGAUCCUUACAGUGUCUCCUGGGGGAGAGCAGCCGGGGAUGCCUUGCACAGGUCCCUCCCAGGGCGCUGUCCGACGCCUGCCCCGCCAUGUCCACCUCUGUGAAGAGGUUGGGGCUCCCCAAGAAGCAAGACCGUAUCUGCCAGCGUUUCUCACCACACUGGAGAGCAGCCACUCUGAAGCAGGGAUCCACCAGACUGGUAUUUUUAAAAAAGGUAUAAGGCUUGCUCUGUUGAGGUUGUUUUUACAGUUACAGAGAAUAAAACAAAACACCCAUAAUUUCCUCA